CCAGGAGACACCAAGUUGAAGAUGAUGCUACCGACCUGCCUCGCCUCCCUCCUACUCGGCCAAAUAUCUUGACCCCAUCGCCAUCCACUGAAGCUUUAGCCUUGUCCAGCUCUCCUCUAUGGGGGAAGCUUCCCAGAGAGCUGCGAUACGAUAUACUUCUCAGAGCCUUUGGAGGCGGCUUGUUACACAUGGACUUGUCAUUUGUGCACCCUGUUGCUCCUAUAGAACCCGGACGCAUCCUAUUUUCCCAUACCGGCAUCAAUACCGAUGACCAACUCGAGGUAAACUAGGAUACCACAGUGCCCAAGUCCUGGCAAUGGUGGAGCUCAGUGUGCCAUCGUGUCAUGCCCAACUAUGAAAAGACAAGGAGUUUUAUACGUAUGUCUCACCCUGAAAUCCCCAGACCCGGGGAUGACCGUUGCCGUUAUGGGGACGCGCAUUUCUGUGAAAGUUGGCCUGGGAUAUAUCCAUCCAAGUGCAAAAUUGGCAUCAUGGGAUGGCUUUUAUCCUGUCGACAGGCAUACGUGGAGGGGAUAGGCGUGCUUUAUAGAACAAACACCAUUCACAUGUCCGGUCAAACACUCAUUCUAAAUCUCCCUCAGCUGCUACUACCGCAACGGCUCUCCGCCAUUACAUCCCUUGAGAUUGUCUGCCCCCUCAUGCUAUACGGAGCCGAAGUUGGAGCAAUCCCAGAAGUUGUCCUCUCAAAGACUUAUCUCUCUGUAUUGGCCUCUAAUUUACCAAGCCUCACUCGGCUAUACCUAGCACUCAAAGCAAAAGGCUCCAAUGCUCGGCCUGUGGAUAUGCAGAGUGCAUUCAAGAUUCUCGACGAAUUUGUCCUCGAGACAAGUCUGACAGAGUUUACCGUGUCGCAUUCACAUACAGUAUUCACGCCGCUGUACAACGCUGUUCGAAAUGAAAUUGCCGCUCAACAUCGUCACCAAUACAAGACAAUCCCAGAGAUAUGGCGCAACGCUGAUGGUAGCUAUAUCCUACCCAUAUAUGGUCCCAACACGGAACCCUUUUACAAGCAGGUUGAGACCUCAUGGCCGAAACCGCCUCGGGUAGGUCAUCGUACUGUCGGAGCAGAUGUAGUAGGUGACGGCUAUUGGCUAGUAGAAGGAGAAGUCGAUAAUUACACUCCAUGCCGUUUUUCUACUGUAUAUUUAUAGGAGAAAUUUCACGGCCCCUUCAUUGACGCCAAAAGGUGCCGUUUCAGAACAACUCAAGGGCUACUAGCUGUAUCAGCAAAGAAUGCGGAGAUUGAAGCGACAAUUAGU